GCCUAUAAGGUCCUGUAUUAUUGGUACUGUUCUCAGGCCUAUAAGGUCCUGUAUUAUCGGUACUCUCCUCAGGCCUAUAAGGUCCUGUAUUAUUGGUACUGUUUUCAGGCCUAUAAGGUCCUGUAUUAUUGGUACUGUUCUCAGGCCUAUAAGGUUCUGUAUUAUUGGUACUGUUCUCAGGCCUAUAAGGUCCUGUAUUAUUGGUACUGUUCUCAGGCCUAUAAGGUUCUGUAUUAUCGGUACUCUCCUCAGGCCUAUAAGGUCCUGUAUUAUUGGUACUGUUCUCAGGCCUAUAAGGUCCUGUAUUAUCGGUACUCUCCUCAGGCCUAUAAGGUCCUGUAUUAUUGGUACUGUUCUCAGGCCUAUAAGGUCCUGUAUUAUUUCGGUACUCUCCUCAGGCCCUUGGUACUGUUCUCAGGCCUAUAAGGUCCUGUAUUAUUAGUACUCUCCUCAGGCCUAUAAGGUUCUGUAUUAUUGGUACUGUUCUCAGGCCUAUAAGGUCCUGUAUUAUUGGUACUGUUCUCAGGCCUAUAAGGUCCUGUAUUAUUGGUACUGUUCUUCAGGCCUAAUAAGGUCCUGUAUUAUCGGUACUCUCCUCAGGCCUAUAAGGUCCUGUAUAUCGGUACUCUCCUCAGGCCUAUAAGGUCCUGUAAUUAUUGGUACUGUGCUCAGGCCUAUAGGUCCUGUAUUAUUGGUACUCUCCUCAGGGCCUAUAGGUUCUGUAGUAUUGGUACUGUUCCUCCAGGCCUAUAAGUCCGUAUUAUGGUACUGUUUUCUCAGGCCUAAAGGUCGCUGUAUUAGGUACUCCCCUCCCUCAGGCCUAUAAGGUCCUGUAUUAUUGGUACUGUUUCAGGCCUAUAAUGUCCUUUAUUAUCGGUCUCUCCUUCAGGCCUAUAAGGUCCCUGUAAUUAUCGGUACUCUCCUCAGGAGGCCUAUAAUGUCCUGUAUUAUCGGUAAUCUCCUCAUGGCCAUAAUAAGGUCCUGUAUUAUUGGUACUGUUCUCAGGCCUAUAAGGUCCUGUAUUAUUGGUACUCUCCUCAGGCCUAUAAGGUUCUGUAUUAUUGGUACUGUUCUCAGGCCUAUAAGGUCCUGUAUUAUUGGUACUGUUCUCAGGCCUAUAAGGUCCUGUAUUAUUGGUACUCUCCUCAGGCCUAUAAGGUCCUGUAUUAUUGGUACUGUUCUCAGGCCUAUAAGGUCCUGUAUUAUCGGUACUCUCCUCAGGCCUAUAAGGUCCUAUAUUAUUGGUACUCUCCUCAGGCCUAUAAGGUCCUGUAUUAUCGGUACUCUCCUCAGGCCUAUAAGGUCCUGUAUUAUCGGUACUCUCCUCAGGCCUAUAAG